CAAGUGCAACAGUUUGUUUUGAUUUUUUGUCAUGAUGGAGUCGUUCGAUUUGAUGAUGAAGAUUCGAUGUAUUUUGUUUUUAUUGUUAGUUGUGUGUUUGGUAGAGGUGAACUGUCGUAGAAAUUUUACGAUAGAUUACGAGAACAACACUUUUUUAAAAGAUGGCAAACCAUUUCGUUAUAUAUCUGGAAGCAUUCACUACAAUCGUUUAUCACAAUCUCACUGGAAGACCAGAUUACUGAUGAUGAAAUCUGCCGGACUCAAUACCAUUACUACAUAUUUACCAUGGAAUUACCAUGAGCCUAGACCUGGUGUUUAUGAUUUUACUGGUAAUCUUGAUGUUUUCCGAUUUCUAGAUUUGGCCAAUUCAUUAGAUUUACUUGUUAUUUUACGUGUUGGACCGUAUACAUGUGCUGGAUGGGAUUUUGGAGGAUUAGCCGGCUGGUUGAUGUCAACUGAUAAUAUAACAGUUAGAACCAAUGAUCCAGUUUAUAUGACGGCUGUGUACAGCUGGUUGGAUUAUAUCUUACCCAAAAUCCAUCCAGUUUUAUAUGAAAAUGGUGGAGCAGUUAUUUCUCUUCAGAUAGAAAAUGAAUAUGGUUCGUUUGGAAUAUGUGACCAUUUGUACUUGAAGAAUCUUCGAGAUCGUUUCCGUCUUCAUCUGGGACCGACAGUUGUUCUCUUUACCACGGAUGGAUCGGCUGAUGUUUUGGUAGAAUGUAGUAAAAUAGAAGGGGUUUAUGCGACAGUAGAUUUCGGUUUAACUGAUUUUCCUGAAAAAGCUUUUGCUCCUCAGAGAAAAGUGGAACCUAAAGGACCACUGGUUUGUUCUGAGUUCUAUGUGGAAGGUGAUAUUGACUAUUGGGGUAGGAAUUUCUCUAUGUUAAAUUAUCGAGAAGCAGCUGAAGGCUUGGAUAUUAUUUUAGCGUAUGGUGCAAAUAUUAACUUGUAUAUGAUGGCUGGUGGAACAAACUUUGCUUAUUACAAUGGUGGUCAAUAUACUGGAAGUUAUUUAAAUCCGGUUAUAACCAGCUAUGAUCAUGAUUCACCAAUAACGGAAGGUGGGAAGAUAACCCCUAAAUAUUUGGCAAUACGCAAAGUUAUUCAAAAAUACACAUCAAAGACACUUCCCCCAGUUCCACCUUCAGUACCUGUAUAUGCUUAUGGUCAAGUCAAGUUAACACAGGGUCCAAAUAUCUUUGAGAGUUUGAAGAUCUUAUCACCGAAUCCAGUCAAGUCACAAUAUCCAGUUAAUAUGGAGAAAGUUGGCCAAUAUUAUGGUUUUAUUUUGUACCGACAUACAAGUACUUCCAGUAUAUAUAAUGGCACUCUUCAAGUUCCUUAUAUAAGAGACAGGGCCCAUAUAUUCAUCAACAAGGAGCUGAUCUGUAUAAUACAUGGUGGUGAAACAAAGUGUCAUGUGACCGUUUUUAAAGAGGGCCAGGAUAUGGAUAUUCUGGUGGAAAAUCAGGGCAGACUUUAUGGAGGAAUGCAAAUGAUAUUCAGUCAAAAGGGAUUGAUUAGAAAUGUAACAUUAGAUGGAAAAAUAGUGAGAGACUGGACAAUAUUUCCACUGAAUUUAGACUUGUUCAAUCCAGGCACUCUGUUCUAUAAAACCAAAGAUUCUGGACAUAUUCCUGGAUUUUAUUUUGGAAAUUUUCAAAUUCCAUCCAAACUCGAGGAACCUCAGGACACAUAUAUAGAUGUUCAACCUUUUAGAAAGGGUCAGCUGUUUAUCAAUGGAAUAAAUAUAGGGAGAUAUUGGCCGUGGAAGGGACCACAAGUUACCCUUUAUGUACCUAAAUCAGUCCUGAAACCGUAUCCAGGGAAUAAUAUCGUUGUAUUAUUUGAAUUGGAUCAUUCACCAUGUGACUAUAAUGAUUGUGCUGUUAAAUUUGUAGAUCAACCUAAACUUAAUAAAACUGUUCUAUCAACUCCUUGGACGAGGGAUGUGGUGUUUGCUGAUUAUGCAUGAAGAACCAUAACCCAAUAUUUAGUGAAUAUAUAUAUCGUUAUGGUGGAAAAUCUAAAAAAAACACAUGGAAAUUGUAUCCAUUUUGGGGGAAUAUUAAAAUGGGUCUGUUUUUAUUUUUUUAUCUCCAUUAAGAAUUGUUUUUUUUUUGCAUCAUACUUCACAAAUAUUUGGAAUACUUGAUUUCAAAUAAUAAUAAUAUAUUUAUUUCGUACUUAAUUGAGUACACAAUACACAAAUACUUACAAAACUAUGAGAAAAGUAAUAAAUAUACAAAAAAUA